AUGGCAGUUCCGACAAUUGAGUUGGGUUCGGGUGCAACUAGGGUUUCGGGUGCGAAUCGCGGAGUAGCGGUGCUAGAUUUCAUCUUGAGGCUGGUCGCCAUCGUCGCAACCCUAGCUAGUGCUAUAGCUAUGGGCACCACCAACGAGUCUCUUCCUUUUUUUACCCAAUUCAUCCGGUUCCGAGCCAAGUAUAGCGACCUUCCGACCUUCACGUUUUUUGUAGCGGCGAAUUCAAUAGUGUGUGGCUACUUAAUUCUCUCCCUAGCUCUAUCCGUCUCCCACAUCAUGUGUGGGGCCGCAGAGAAGAGCAGAGUCGUUUUGAUAUUUUUCGAUGCGGCAAUGCUGGCUCUGUUGACGUCGGCAGCCUCAGCGGCCGCAGCCAUCGUGUACCUGGCGCACAAGGGAAACACGAGGGCUAACUGGUUCGCCAUAUGCCAGCAGUUCAACUCUUUCUGCGAGCGGAUAUCGGGCUCCUUAAUCGGAUCCUUCGGAGGGAUCAUCGUCUUCAUACUCUUGAUCUUGAUGUCGGCCUUCACCUUGUCGCGACGCUCUUAAAUCAUCUUCAUUUAUAUGAAUGUGUGUGUAAAUGUAAAUGUGUUUAA